AUGGCAAGUGAGGAAGAGAGUUUUCUUGUCUUAGUGCAUUGCUCUGGGAAAAUCAAAAGAAGUGCAAAAUAUGGUGUGAAGUUCACUGACAGGGAACCAUUGAGUGUAUUCAUUAGUUCAUCAAGCACUUUGUCAGAUGUGAAGAAUAGCAUCUUGCAGAAGGUUGGGGUAUUUGGGGGCAAGUGGGUGAAGAAGCUAUUCUACAAGAUUCUCAUCGCAGUAGUUUCGACUGGUGUUAAGUAUGAUACGUUUGUGCUAGCGGCUGAUGAAAAUAUUAGGGUUCUGUUUCAUUGUGUUAAGAGUUUUUCAGAGGUCAGAAUACACGAGUUGUUUACGAAGUUGGAGGUUGGUGUGGACAGUUCUGGGGCAUCAGCUCUGGUUCAUAGCUCGACUGCCGCUGGCGGUGUAUCCAGUUUGAUGCCUGCGGUCAGAUCAUCUGUUCCGCAAGUCGCAUCCCCUUCAUUCACGAUUGAUUUAGAUCGAAUGGAGGUAGUUGUUUCUAUACCAUUGGAGAAUCCUAAGGUCUGGCAACAGGCCUUUGAGGUGGGCACCGGUGGUGGAAUGAUUCAUGAUGUUCAAGGCUUCGGAGAACCUGAUGGAGUAGAGAAUGCAAUACGGGACGAUGACUCUGACCAGGAGCCUGUAGAUAUCAUUGGGGACAUCGAUGAUGACACCGGUGCCAAUCCACAUGAAGCUGUGCUAAGUGUGAAGGACUAUAGCAUCCGUCGAGGUGUUGAAUUCAGAGUCUUGGAAUCGGAUCAUCUGAAGUACCAUGGAAAAUGCAAGGAGUUCGGAAAGGGUUGUAGUUGGUUGAUUCGCAUAUCGCUGCGUGCACAAAAGGGCACUUGGGAGGUUAAGAGGUACAACAGUCCGCACAUUUGUUUGGCCACCUCUAUUUUCAGUUAUCACUAUCAGCUGGAUUACUACGUUAUCUGUGUGAGAAUUUUUCCGUUGGUUAGGGCGGAUGCUGCGGUUACGGUAAAGCUCUUGCAACAAGCAAUAGAAGCCGAUUACGAGUUCAGGCCUAGUUACAGGAAGGUUUGGAUGGAAAAACAGAAGCUCGUAGCCCAAAUAUAUGGAGAUUGGGAAGAUUCAUAUGCUGAGUUGCCACGUUGGAUGCUAGGGGUACAGUCAACCAUGGCUGGGACAGUCACUGUGUUGAAGACAUCUCCUGUUCGACUGGGGGAUGAGGUCGAUGAGUCAACGGUGUACUUUCAUCGACUUUUCUGGACAUUUCCACCCUGCAUCGAGACCUUUAGGCAUUACAAGCCCCUCGUGAGUAUUGACGGUACCCACUUGUAUGGCAAGUACGGAGGCACGCUACUGUUGGCGAUAGCGCGGGAUGGGAACUCGAACAUCCUCCCGAUAGCCUUCGCCCUUGUUGAGGGAGAAAAUACGGAGUCAUGGUCAUUUUUCUUGUCCAACCUACGAUUGCAUGUGACGCCACAGGAGGGUAUUCUUGUUAUCUCUGACAGGCAUAAUGGCAUCAAGGCUGCACUUGAGAACCCCGAGAAUGGUUGGCUGCCUCCACGUGCUUUUCGAGCGUACUGUAUUCGUCAUGUGGAAGCGAAUUUUAGCCUUAGCUUCAAAGUUAAAGAUGCGAGGAGGAUGCUGGUUAAUGCUGCAUAUGCAAAAAUGAAGCAGAGUUUUAUUACUGGUUUGACAUCAUGCAGACUGAGAAUCCGGUCAUGUGUGACUGGGCCAACCGGAUGGAGUAUGACAAGUGGACCCAACACGAGGAUAGCGUUUUGUUCCGCUCAUCCCAGAAGGCCUAUGCCCCCAUAUGCUGGACCAACUAUCAUUCCUGAUCCUAACAUGAGGCGUGCAAGGGAAGGUCAUCCGAAGGCAACCAGGAUCCGCAGUAGCAUGGAUCAGUCUGUCGGCAGCCUGGUCAUACGCGGAAGAACUGUGUCCAGCGAAGACAUACUGUUGGCGGGGAUGGUUAGAUGUUAUGACGUUUAUUAUCUCGUUGUUGUUGUCUAA